CCCCCGCGGGGCGUGGCUGUGGGGUGUUCACCUGCUGGUUAGCGGGAGCGGCGGUGGCCGGAGGCGCGGGGCCCCUCGCGGCUCCUCAGGCCAACGCGGGGCGUCGGAAGCCCUCCUGAGCUUCGGCGGGCCCCCUGGUUCUGCGCAGUACCCUCUGAGCCCCGGCGCGGCCCGUGUGGACAACCUGCGGUUCCGUCCGUUGGUUCCGGACCCAUGGGCGCCGAGCCCCGGUGGGGAAUUAAACAGGUGGGCGCCCCCGGCCCGGUCUGACCCAGAAACACCGAGGCGAGGAGGACGCGAGGGCCCACAGAAAUGCGGGCCGGGGACUGAGCGGCGCCUCCCGCACGGCGAGCCCAGGGCAUCCUUUCCAGCCGCGGGCCCUGCCGGCAGGUGGCCCCUCACCCGCGCGGCAGCACACGGCAGCAGUGUGGCCUCUGCGCGACCGAGCCAGACCCCGCGUGGGCCUUCCGUAGGAGUCAGGAUGGGAAGUUCUGGCCCGUGUGAGCCCCGCAGGCACUGCCCGCGUCUCCUCUCCAGCCCUGACUCCUGAAGCCCUGCUGCCUGCUCCCGCCACCGGUCCGCAUCCUCCUGCCUCUGGCCCGAGGGUGCUGGGCCCUUGGCCGGGAACUCGGCCCAGACCUCCCCGCUGGCUCCUGUCCCCUUUCAGCCUUUUCAUCCUAACAGCUGUCUGCUGACCGCGUUCUGGCUCUUCCCACGAGAGGGCAUCUCCGCGGCGGCAGAGAUGUCUUUGUCCUGUUGUUCAUUGUUGUCACUUAGUGCCAAGGACCGCGCUGGACACAAAACUUACAGAUAUCCAAAAUGGUUGAGAUUGAACAGGCUGAGGCCCAGCUCUCUGAGUUAGACCUGCUGGCCAGCAUGUUCCCUGGCGAGAAUGAGCUCAUAGUGAAUGACCAGCUCGCUGUAGCAGAACUGAAAGAUUGCAUUGAAAAGAGGACGAUGGAGGGCCGAUCUUCAAAAGUUUACUUUACUAUCAACAUGAACCUGGACGUGUCUUCGGACACAGUGGUGGUGUUUUCUCUGGCCUGUAUUCUUCCUUUUGAAUACCCUGCAGUUCUGCCUGAAAUCACUGUCAGGUCAGUAUUAUUAAGUAGAUCCCAGCAGACUCAGCUGAACACAGAUCUGACCACAUACCUGCAGAGGAAUUGCCUCGGAGACGUCUGUAUACUGAAUGCCACCGACUGGGUUAGAGAACACGCCUCUGGCUAUGUCAGCAGAGACCCCACCCCUCCCCCCAUUCCAGGAAGUACAGUCCAGCCCGUCCAUGUCAUUCUCACGAGACUCUGGAUCUAUAGCCAUCACAUCUACAACAAAUGCAAACGGAAGGACAUUCUGCAGUGGGCGAAGGAGCUUGCCCUGUCGGGGUUUAGCAUGCCUGGGAAGCCAGGCGUGGUCUGUGUGGAAGGCCCCCAUGGUGCUUGCGAAGAAUUCUGGUCAAGACUCAAAAAAUUAAACUGGAAGAGAAUUUUGAUUCGCCAUCGAGAAGACAUUCCUUUGGAUGGUACAAAUGAUGAAAUGGAAAGAUGGAGAAAAUUUUCAGUUUUUGAAGAAAAAGUGUUCAGUGUUAGUGGAGCCAGAGGAAACCACAUGGACUUUGGUCAGCUGUAUCAGUUUCUGAAUGCCAGUGGAUGUGGGGAUGUUUUCCAGAUGUUCUUUGGCGUGGAAGGACAGUAGCUGAGCAGAGGAGUCAUUGAAAGUAUUUUGUCACUGUUGGCCAUUUGGUUUUUUACCCCCUCUUUCUUGAGAGAUUAAGUAAUUUUCCUUUAGUCCAUUCUAGAAUAUUAGGGAUAAAAAAGAAAAAGUAGCAUAGCUGAAGUGCAUCUGUUAAAAAUAUGUCCUGAUUGAAUGCAGAACUGAGUCUUAGUUUAUAAUCUUAAAAUUAUUGACAGAAAUACCUUGGCAUAUCUACCCAUUUUGAAAGAUAAAUUAAUUUGACUUGAGUUAGAUAGUAUUGGUAGUCCAACUUGCCACCCAGUCUCUAACCCCUGCCCUUUACCUGCUUCCAUGAGCUCUCCCAGCCUCUCUUGAAGCUCAGGUGGCCUGGGGAUAGGGCUUUGGCUAUGGGUUGCCUGGUAAAACUUUUGCUUUCCUGGUAAACAUGAUUGACACAGCGAGAGCACCUCUUCCCCCUCUUUUUGCUGCAACACCAAGGCCGAUGGUUGGAGCUGCAGUAGCCCCUCAAGCUUGAGGGCAGGAAGGCCAAGAGAACCACAGAGAUGCCAGCUCCUGUGGUGAGCUGCUGACCCAGCACCAGCCCCUGCCUCGCUGUAGACAGCUUAUCUGUCUAUAUAAAAGGCUAAUACGCAAAGUGCCCCCUCGGGAGUUCGACCGGGAGUUGGAUCACUCGCUAUGAUGUUCACUGACCACCAGGGGGAGGCAUGGAAUGAAAGAAGGCCCCGGCUAGCCCUGAUCACCGGCCAGGCCUAGGGACCCUAGACCCUACACGGGCCUCUACUUAUGAAAUAAAAACCAUCUUAUUUAUAUUUCUGUGCCACUUACCAGCAGUGGAAAGCUGUUUUGCCAAAUAAAUAUUUUUAAAGCUUUA